UCACGGCGGCCAAAUUUUUUCCAGGCCGCCAAUCGAAAGCCGCCGAACUCCCUGGCCCUGCCUCCUGAUGUUUGGCACACGGAGUCUGUGGCUGGCCGAGGCAGAUGUUCGGAACUGGAGAGCGCAGCGAUGAAUGGUUCGGCCUGUUCGAUGUUUGACAGCAAAGAGCGAGUGCUGAGACUCGGGGAGAGCUUCGAGAAGCAGCCGAGGGUCGGAUUCCACACCAUCAGAUAUGACUUCAAACCGGCUUCCAUUGACACCUCCUGUGAGGGGGACCUGGAGGUUGGUAAAGGAGAGCAGGUGACAAUCACUCUACCCAACCUAGAGGGCUCUACUGCUCCAGUGACAGUAUUUAAAGGGUCAAAGAGACCGUACCUAAGAGAGUGCAUAUUGAUUGUCAACCAUGACACCGGAGAGUGCCGGCUGGAGAAGCUGAACAGCAAUAUCAGUGUGAAGAAGACCAGAGCUGAAGGGAGCAGUAAGAUCCAGUCCCGCAUAGAACAGCAGCAACAACAGAUGCGAAAUACCAACAAGACACCAAGUGGCAAGAACUCCUCUCCGCUGGGCAAACUGUCUCCCACCUCCCCCAUUGAUGACAUUGAGAGGGGUAGGUGUCUUUGCUGUCACCUCAUUGCCGUGCUGAAGAUGUUAUAUACUGCAUUAUACUAUACAAGUGUCUGUUUGUACAGGUUUUUGCACCUGUUAUGA